UUAUGCAAGUCAGAUAUAUGAGGAAAUGGUAGCUGAGAAGGACAGAGAACUAGAAGGAGGUGAAGCACAAAAGUCUCCCACUCAGAUUGUUGCUGACAGUCUUAGCCAGAUCAGUCCUUCAUCAACCUUCCUUCCGAACAUGGGUGUGACUCCAGUGUCAAAGACUGCUCGGUCUACAUCAGCCACAGAAGAACGACUGCGUUCUCAGUUUGAGGCCACAAUCCAAGCAGAAAGAGAGGAAUAUGCUAGGAAGCAGGAACAAUUGGAAGCACAAAUUCAGGCUCAACAAGCCACAAUUCAAGCAAACCAAGCUGCACUUGAAGAAAACCAAUCUUUGCUACGCCAAACCCAAGAUGAGGUGAAGGGGAUGCAGACCAACUUCGAAGAGACUAAUGCACUGCUGCGAGCUAUGCUCAAUCUUCAGAAAGAUGCUGGAGGUAGGUCGACAUGAUGUUUGAAUUGAUGAUGGCCUUUGUCUAGUCUUUUGCUGCAUUGCCAGAACAACAAAUCUUUGUCGGAACUAUAUGUGCACUCUGGAAACUUAUGUCCACCUUAAGUGCUUCAGUUGGUAUGAUGGAACUGUGUGUGAUCAAACCUAGAACUUGGUACUUGUGUGAUGUUUAAACUAGUGUGUAAUGUAUUAUGCUUUCGAUUGUAUGUGGAUGAUGGUUUCGCUGUUAUGUGUGCUUCUUGACCUGUGAUGAGAGUGAAUGUGUGCUCAUGGAAUGAAUGUAUUUUUGUGGCAACAGUGGCUGGUCUCGAUAUAUAUGACGAUGCCAGCUCGUCCUGAAUCUGUGGUCAU